ACUUCCCGGAGCCAGGGCCAAAGUGAGCGUAAAGUGCGCCCAAGUUGCGGGCAUGGCGUUACAGAGCCGGCCCGAGGCGCUCGCCCUGGAACUCGCGCGCCACCAGAACGGCGACCUCAAGAAACAGCCCCACGGCAGGCCGCCGCGGAUCUCAGCACUGAGCGACAAACAAACUUUGGGAGCCGUCACUGCCGUGCCUGUCACGGGUCCUCAGGUCAGCUCCUUGCAGAGAUUGGCUGGGCAAGGCGCCGCAGUGCUACCUCAGGUUAGGCCAAAGACUCUGAUUCCAGACAGCCUCCCCGUCACCCCAGGCCGGGACCGGCCUCCCAAGCAGCCCCCAACAUUCCAGAAGGCCACUGUGGUCAGUAUCAAGAAUCCCAGUCCAGCCCUCCCAACUGCCAACAACACCGUCAGCCAUGUGCCAGCGCCCAGCAACCUGCCCCAGGCCCGCGCCGAGCCCACCGCCAUCACCUCUCCUCUAAGCAGCGCCGGUGUGGCCUACGCCAUCAUCUCCACUGCCCCCAGCAAUGCCGCCACCAUCACCCCCAGCACUGCUGUGUCUGUGGUCAAUGACGGCAUCAAAGUCCAGCCCCUCCUCAUCAGUGCCGACAACAAGGUUAUCAUCAUUCAGCCUCAAGUGCAGACGCAGCCCGAGAGCUCGGAGGAGCCGCGGCCGCCCACGGAGGAGCCAUCUCAGGGAGCUCAGGCCACCAAAAAGAAGGAAGACAGGCCUCCAGGCCCAGAGAACCCCGAGAAAAUCGCCUUCAUGGUAGCGUUGGGCCUGGUCACAACGGAACACCUGGAAGAAAUCCAGAGCAAACGCCAAGAGCGGAAGAGGAGGAGCACUGCCAACCCCGCCUACAGCGGCCUCUUGGAAACCGAGAGGAAGCGACUGGCCUCCAACUAUCUCAACAACCCCCUGUUCCUCACAGCAAGAGCCAAUGAGGACCCCUGCUGGAAGAGCGAGAUCAUCCACGAUGAUAUCUGUGCUGCCUGCAAGCUUGGUGCUGACCUGCAGCCUUGUGGCACCUGCCCUGGGGCCUACCACCUCAGCUGCCUGGACCCGCCCCUCAAGACAGCGCCCAAGGGCAUGUGGGUGUGCCCCCAGUGCCAGCAGAAGGCCUUAAAGAAGGACGAGGGCGUGCCCUGGACUGGGAUGCUGGCCAUCGUGCACUCCUACGUCACCCACAAGACAGUCAAAGAAGAGGAGAAGCAGAAGCUGCUGCAGAGAGGAAGCACACUGCAGAGUGAGCACCGGCAGCUGGAGGACAGGGACCGCCGCCUGGCCUCGGCCGUGAAGAAAUGUCUGGAACUCAAGACCAGCCUGCUGGCCCGGCAGAGGGGCACUCAGUCGUCCCUGGAGCGUCUGCGGGCCCUGCUGAGACUCAUACGGGGUGAGCAGAUGCUGCAGGUCACCAUGACGACCACCAGCCCUGCCCCACUGCUGGCGGGGCCCUGGACCAAGUCCUCUGCUGCAGCCAUGCACUCUGCCUUCCAGCAGCCCCAGGGGCACAACUGACCCCAGGGACCAGCUUCACAGCCUCCGGAAGUUCCUCACAUGCUGGGGUUCUGUCGGCCUUAAUUCAUAUCACUAUGAACUUCAGACAAAGCAAACCAGACAGACAGGAGAAGAAGGGGGACGAGCUG